AAUUGGUGCCGUCUUAAGCAAGUAUUCAAAUGUUUAGACAGUCAGUCAGUUUUAAACGUUUUAAACAUAUAUUUUUGUAUGUGUUCCCGUGGUUUAUGACAACUGAAAUCAAACAAUACAUGAAUAAAUGAUAAUUUAAUCAUUUUAUGUCAUAUUUAUUCUAAGUGUCCCCAGGUCGCAGCGGUUCGCCUCAGCCUGUAGGCCUACUGUCAUACUGUCAGUAUAUUGACGUGUAGUUAGCAGAUGGAGCAGGGGGCUGAUCUCCACCUCCAGAGGUCAUCCUCUCUACAGUCACCACUUGUUGCCAGAGCAGCUCGGGGCUCCAGCAUUCAGCAGCAAACACAUUUCAAGUAUUUAUUCCGCCUAUCGAGACCUACAUGUCUGGAUGUUGAAUGCGGAACGUUACGCGGACUGAAGCAAGACUCCUGUGAUCCGGUUCCUAAUAUCUGGCGCAUCUGACGGACAGAAGCAUGGUUGAUAAUAUAGCUACUAAAUCUGCUUUGCAAGGCUCUUUCUCGUCCGCCAGCAGCCUUCCCCUGCCCGCUCCCUCCGCAUCCUCUCACAGCCUCUUCCCCGGCGCACAGUCCCAGCAGCCCGCCAGCGGAGGCAUGAAGCUCGAAGCCGUCAUGGAGAACCUGCAGCGGCAACAGGCGGCGCGGCUGGCCCUGGAAGAGAAGCUCCGGCAGGCGGAGACAGAGAAAGACCUCCGCUCCAUGGUGGAGUCCCAGAUCCACCAACAAGCUCUGGCUUUCCGACACUACCAGGCGGCGAUGCGCGGCGCCCUGGCCGCCGGAGUUGCCAACUCGUCCCCCGGGGUGACGCUCCCACACAUGGAGGUCCGAAGAGCCGACGAGGACAGCUCCAGACCGGGCAGCGACGACAGGGAGCGGGACGAUGAGGGAGAGGACAUGGAUGAGCAGGACCUGUUGGAUGAAGACGAGGAGGGCGAAGAAGAUGUCGGUUUGAACCACUUCCAGCACCGGCAGUCCUCGCUCCUGCAGGGAGCCUGCAUGCCUCCGAAGAGCACCCCGAUGCAUCUCAUGGCCAGAGUCCCGGCGGCCUUCGCCCCGGGCCGGCACGCAGAGUCUCCAUCGGCGCCCCCGCCCCAGCACCACGACUGGACCUACGAGGAGCAGUUCAAACAGUUGUAUGAAUUGGACGAUGACGAAAAGCGCAAAGAGUUUCUCGAUGAUCUUUUCAGCUUCAUGCAGAAACGGGGGACUCCAGUGAAUCGGAUUCCUAUCAUGGCCAAGCAGGUGUUGGAUCUCUACAUGCUCUACAAGCUCGUCACAGAAAAAGGCGGCUUAGUGGAAGUCAUCAAUAAGAAAAUAUGGCGUGAGAUCACCAAAGGCCUUAACCUCCCUACCUCCAUUACCAGUGCAGCUUUCACUCUGAGAACACAGUAUAUGAAGUACCUCUACCCGUAUGAAUGUGAGAAGCGGGGGCUCAGCUCCCCCGGUGAGCUCCAGGCAGCCAUCGACAGCAACCGGAGGGAGGGCCGGCGGCAGAGCUACGGCUCGGCCCUCUUCAACUACUCUCCUGUGGGCACCCCCACCCUCCUGUCCUCACCAAAGAUGCACAUGUCCCACCUCUCCAUGCCCAUGCACAACUCUGGCCAUCUCUCCCAGGUGCCUGUGAUCAAGAAAGAGGAGCCCAUGAUGGCCGGCUGCCUGCCCGGCCGGGGGGGUCUCCCCAUGUCUCACAGCAGCCACCACGCAGCAGUCAUGGCGGCCCAGGCUCAGGCAGCCGCGGCCGUCCAGGCGGCGGCUCUGGAGCAGCUCCGAGAGAAGCUGGAGGGGGGGGAGCCGCCGGAGAAGAAGAAUAUGAUGAUGAUGGAGGAGCAGCAGAGGAUUGUGCAGCACGCUCUGCAGCAGAACCUGCUGGCCAUGGCCUCCCAGCUGCCCCUCAACAUCAAACUCAACAACAGAGAUGAUAGACAAGAGACCGCAUUGAACCUGUCUACCAACGGCAUUAGCAGCAUCAACAUGUCAAUAGAAAUAAAUGGAGUUGUCUACACAGGCGUUCUGUUUGCCCGGCAGUCGGCCAUCGCAGCGAUGACGGGACAGCGUGGGAGACACAGCAGCUGUCAGACUCAGGGAAAGAGCAGUCCCUCUCAGUUCCAGCCCUCCCGCUCCUCCUCCUCCUCAUCCUCAUCCUCUUCCUCGCUCCACGGACACAGAAACUCCUCCCCCUGAGUUUCCUGUCCCUCUUCACCUCCUCUCCAGACUUACCAGGGAGGAAAUCUUCUGAAAGACACCAAGCAGUCAGAGACACAUCAGAGAAAGCCACCUUCACUCAGUUUGAGGGAGGCUUUCUCUUCAUCACAAUCCUUCUAGGUCAGAUUGAAGAGUAGUCAACAUUUUUACAUGCAAGAAAUCUUCCAGCCCCCCGUUUCCCCCUCUUCCUGCUCUGAAUUAGCGGUGUGUUUGAGGACCUUUGUGUGUAACCAUUGUCUUGAACACUUCAAAAGCAUGGUCGCCCUUCAGCUUCAGGUGAAACCUGGGUGAAGCCAAACGAAGAGUCCCUAUUGUGCAACAUUUCAAUCAUAACAUGAACAGCUGACCUUCAGCAGGAAAUGAUGUUCGCUUUAUGAAGCUCACUACUAACAGCUGAUACCAAAGAAGAAAAACAAAUCCAUAUUGGUAAGCACGUCCAGCGUUUUCAGUGAGCAUAAGCUCCAGUUAUCAAAGAUUAUAGCGAGAACACAAGCACGUCCACAGAGGACAUCUUCAUGUAAUGGGUGGAAAGGCUGUCUACAAUAAUUCAUAUGGUCUAACUUUGGUUAAAGAUGUCUCCACCAACAAAAAGGUUACACAGAGUUAUGUAUGUGUGCAUCCAGCAGUCUCUUCUCCUAAACAGUCAGCAGACAAUCAGAAACACGUUAGCUAGUUUGUUAGCCAGCAGGCUAAUGGGAACAUAAGGUCACAGUUAACACAUAGCUCCUCCAACAGUAUCAAACUGUAUCAAAUAUUAACAUGUAAUCGUAAUAUAUCCCCAAAAAAAGGAUUACAACUACAUUUUGAUGCAGGGUCCCUCUACAAAAUAGGUUUUUUUAUUGGGUUUUUGUUGUGCACAGCAAGUAAAUUCAUAUUAAAGUGACUAGAGCAGUUGUUUGCUACCCUGAAAAAACUGUGUAAAUAUUCACUUUAUUUAAAUGUUUUAUGCCAAAAGAUUUCACAUAACUGUAUUAGUUUAGUUGAAAGCAAUAAUAUUGCAAAUCAGAAAUAGGUUCAACGUAAUAUUAUUGCUUUCAACGGUUAGGGUUAAGGGUUAGGGUUAGGGUUAGGGUUAGGGUUAACUGAUACAGUUAUGUGAAACUUGUUGACAUUACGUUUUUUGUAUCAGCUCAAAACAACAUUGGACAAUAUAAAUUGGACAAUUUCACCAAAGAUUUCACCAAAGAUGUAAUACUUGCACCACCAACCGUUAGUUUUCCAGACCAGGAUGUACACAUUAUAAGAACCUACCAAUUGGGAUAGCCAGCAUUCAAAAACGUAACAUUUAUAUGAGUUCACAAACACAUAUUUUGUAGACUCUGCUAAGGCUUUAUAAAUAUUAACUUCUUAUUUUUGAUUACUUUAAUAUAAUGUUAUAAUGGACCCGCAUCAGUUUUCCAUGCAUCUCUUUUUUAACGGUGCUCUUGUCCCUACAUAUUGUAUUGUAGAUUGCAUUCUGGGACAUCAACCACAUUAAGGAAGAGUUUAUUAUGCAUUUGGCUCACAGUUAUUAGCCUUUAUAUGUUAGCUGUUGUCAGAAAUGAUGACAGCUAGCUGAGAUAAAGAGAGAAUCCUUCCCGUGAAAUAGUCUGCUCCCAGCCACACACUUUCUCAUCUGCUGCACUUCAAAAACUGAAACGUUGACUUUCAGACUUUCAAUUAAAUGUAUUUUGUGAACAAAUUUCACAUUAUUUCAUUAGGUUAUUUGAAACCAAUAAUAAUAAGUUGAACCUAAUAUUUUGUAACUUCAUAUUAUUACUUUCAAGUAAACAAAUACAGUUAUGUGAAAUCUGUAGUCAUAGUACAUUUAGAUAAAGUCAACAUUUCAGUUUUGUCAGAGUGUUGUGACAGACAUGGUGAACAUGUAACAAACAGCUGCAUUCUGUAGAAGGACCUCAGCAGGAGUCUUCUUCAUUUAGGAGGCUGCUGACAACAUUAGUUUAUUCUUUAUCCCCCUAUGUUUUUUUUUGCUCUUAUCACAAACUUGAUUUUUGACUCAAGAAAUGCCUGAUCACAAAACUUGUCGAAUGCAUUCUUUGCUCUUAAAGAUCGCACAAUAUUAAAUUAGUAUUAAAACAAGAUAGUUAGUCAAGAUCACAGAGAAUCUUUCCUUCGCUUAAUGACAAGAGAAGUACUUCUUUAAAAACUGUCCUCUCGCUUGCAGAGUGGACAGAGACAGAUUGAAUUGAUGUGAUGGCAGACAUUGUUCCGGUGCAAUGGUUUCCUCAUUCAUUAGAGCAAAUGUUGCGAUCGACAUCAUUGGCCCACUGUUAUGGUUGUGGUCAGAAAUACUUACAGAAAUGUGCUGAGGCUGAGUCGGUAGAGCUGCGGCACAUGAGACUGCAUUUGUUCUUUGAAGAAAUCUUCUGCAGCGCACAAUGAGGAGAGCCAGGACCACUAGCAUGUAGAAUAUAUCAGUGGUGUUUGUUAACAUAUAAGAUGCAUAAUAAGCACAAAGCUGACAUAGCCUUGGGAAGAGAUGAAUCAAGAGAGUGCUUGUAUGGCAUUGAAUUCUUUUGAGAAAAGGAGCAGAGCGCUUCAGCCCGAGGCAGCAAGCGAUCGGAAAUAAAGGAGGCGCACAAAGACGUGUCGUCUGCAGGAAACUGUUAUCACUCACACGUUUUAUAUUGUGAACAGAACCUAGGUUUCGUUUUUUAGCAAUGCACUUGUUUAACAUCAGAAAGCUCUUCCCUCUUUAAGUUCUCUCUUUCUUUCUCAGCUUUCGAUAAGAUAUCAAAUAUUUUCUUUAUUAUGAAGGGAAAUGGGAACUAGUUUGAACAUAUGGGUUUUUAUUAAGUCUGUUAAAGCAUUUAAUUGCAGAUUUUAUUUAUUAUGUUUUAUAUUCAAUGCUGCAAACGUUGCAUUCAGCUCCACCACUUUGUUGCAAACCCUUUUGAAGAGUUUUCUGGAAUGCAGAUACCUCACCAAUCUCCCUGUACAUAGUCAUAGUAAAGUAUGAAUACAAGAUAUACCUCAUAAAUUUCAUUUAUUUUUUAUUGUACAGCCACCUGAAAACCAAUGUUUUACUUCAACAGAUCACUGGAUUUUUCUUUUUUUUCAUAUUUUGUAUGAUUAUACCAAAGAAGGGAAUAUUUUAUUGACACACAUCUACCUCAUUUGUUAUAGACUGUGCCAACAAGCAUGUCCACACUCUUUAUUGCCGGUGUAUUCAUGGUGUUUCAUAUCCAUGUAUUUGUGUGAACACAAAAUGCUUUUCAGUCAAAGACAAAUCAAUAGAUUAGUUAAGCAACAUGUUCUAAGUGCUUUUUACGUUGGGUGUUGUGCCGGCGCAACAAAACAGCCUUUUGUGGAACACAGUAGGGACGCUUGUCAAAUGAAUCCCAUCUGCAUGAGAACAUGAACAUACAGCGGGAGGAGGACAGCAGCUUGAACAAUGAAUGGCUCAGAUUGGUGUCAGACGCUCUGAUUUCCAGAAAGACUGUAAGGUGCAGUUGAAAAGCAAGUAAAGGACUCUGAGAGUGUACCAUUACACUGAAGUCAGACAAUGAUAGGAAUAUGUAUCAGCUGAUAUAAGCUCAUAGCCCAAAAUAUCAUAUUGGCUGAAAAAUAACAAGAAAUAUCAAAAAUAUGUUUGAGGACAUUUGGAAAUGAAGCUUGUCCAGCAGAAAGCAUUGACCAUUUUGUAAUGUCCAGUUCACUUCAUGUGUGGCUUACUAUUCUGUGAAGCAAAUGUAAGGAUCCUUAUUAAAUGUUUAUUUAAAAAACAAAAACAAAGGUGGGCCAAUACAUUCGAUCAUUUUGCAAAUUUAGACGACUUAAAUUACGUUUCGAUUACAUUUGCUGUGAAUUUCCUCUCGACCCAACCCCCACCCCCACCCCCACCUUUACUCUAGCAACACCACCAGCCGACAUUUUGAACUUCACAAAACGUAUCAACAGGCAGGUUCACAAUAUCGUACUAAGCAGAUUCAUGUUCCCCAGAGGUUGAUCCCUUUUGAGUCGCUGUCUUCCUCACCUGAUCUCCUGGUCUGACUUCAUGCAGAUUGUUCACAGUUCCUGAUUUAAAAUGCUUUGACUAGCUUAUGAUGACAGUGUAACACUCUAGGCUGAGUACUGGUGAUAAAGCUAAUAAUAUAUUAUGUGACUGUAUGUAUAGAUGGUGAUGUUGAAUUUGUACAAACACAAUCGUGCAGCAGAGGACAAUCCUCAGCCAAUAAGAUGGUGGUUGUGCUUUAUAAUUCUCAUGUUUACUUGAAAUGUGUUCUCUAGCAAUCAGACAAAUGUGCAGGUAGACAAAGUUCAGAGAAAGAAUCCCUUCCUUACACACUUUGUGUUGCAUCCCUGAACACUGAAACACUGAUAGCAGAUCAGUAUAAAUGGACCUCAGUACUGCAGUAGAGUGGUGCAUUGAUGAUGUAUUUGUGUUGGCCAAUCCGGUAGUUAGCAUCGCAAGGGUUCGCUCGACAAAAAAGCAAUGGGAUAUUUCUAUUGGAUUUGGUUCCAGAAAAUAAGAUGUGUGGCAAACACACCUUUACACAUUUUGUUCAGCAGGAUAAACUACACAUAUUAAAACCCCUUUUUAGUUUUUUGAAGCAUAAAUGUGAUAGCAAGACAUCACAAUUGCAGGACUUUUCGUCACCACCGCUAAGCUAAAGGCGGCUAAUGUUAAGAUUGAUGACUUUUAGUAGUCUCAGUUAAAAAGACUUCAGAGAAUUGGCAUUGGAAAAAUGCUAACUAAUGUCCCGGUUAUAGGACUCAUCCUGCACCACUCUAUAGAGUCGCAAAGUGGGAGAAGUUAUUUUUAUUUGCAGGUAUGCAGGGUUCUGGAGGUUGAUGGUUCCAUCUGCUGCACCAUGAACUCUGACUCUUCUUUACCUGUGAUACACCCAACCACUGCACAGACACCAAGAAUUUGAGCCGAUGACAGCAUUUUAAUAGAAAGAUAAAAUAAAAUAGUAGCUGCUUCUCCCUCUGUUAAGAUUAGGGAGAAUAGUCUUAGGUCCAUUCACCUUAUUACCAUUUGAGAUUAUGAUUGCAUACGUGCACCACGUUCCUGGAUCAGUCAGUCAGAGGUUCUGUAAAUUGGAACUACAUUGGGUGGUGUUCUUCUUGGAGACUUUUAAGGUGAAGUAACAUCUUCCAUUUAAGUCAAUACAGACAUGUAACCUUAAAGGUAACUAAGUGCAACGCCUUUGUCUCCAUUCCCUCAAAACAAAGAACGAACUUAAUUGUCCAGGAGAUGGCUGUCCAAGAUGGUGGUGCACAUGUUGCCUCUGGAUCGGGGCUCACAGUGUACAUUUUCUACUUCCAUGAUCCAGGUGCUCCUCAUAGGUCAGCCCUGUCCACACCCGCUGUACAUACUGCUGAACGAUGCCACUGAACACAUCAGAUACUGCAUUCUUCUCACCAAAGAGUUUUUCAAAUUGUGACCACGUUAACAUGAUUUUUAGGUCAUAACCAAAGGCAGAGCAGACAAGCAAAGACAAAGUGACAGCUCUGCAUGCAGAAAAAAAAGAAUUGACUUAUGUAAUCAAAUAACAUGUUGUUUACUUUGUAUUAUGCUAUGCUGGUAGUUUGUAGACACUAAUCGCUUUAUUAGCUGUGUAUGAAGCUUUAAAUGUUUCUUUUAUUUCCCUUUAGUUCAUCUUGGAUAAAUCCAGUGCAUUAUGGGAAUGCUGGAUUGUGGUGCUCAGGGGUUAAAAAUGUACAAAAAAGAAGUGAAAGAGAUUUUCCUGUUUUGCCAUUUGACUUGUAGCGUAUUUAGAAAUAAAAUGAUGCU